UGUGUCUUCCUCAGGGAACAGGUUCUCCCUCACCUCCUUUGGAGCUCUUUACAUCUCUGAUGUUCAGAAGGAGGACGCCCUCUCCACAUACCGGUGCAUCACCAAGCAUAAGUACAGCGGCGAGACGCGGCAAAGCAAUGGAGCCAGGCUCUCCGUAAUGGACCCCAACGAGUCCUCGCCCACCAUCCUGGACAGCUUCCAAGCAGGGGAGGUGCAGGCAGGCCAGAGCAUCGAGCUCCCCUGCACCGCAGGAGGUUACCCCAGCCCCACAGUACGCUGGCUGAAAGACGGUCGCCCGUUGCCCUCAGAUGCCCGCUGGACACGGCGUUUGACAGGGCUGACCAUAAGUGACCUGAGGCAGGAGGACAGCGGCAGCUAUGCCUGCGAGGUCACCAACAGUUUUGGCUCAAAGGAGGUGUCUGGACAGCUUCACGUUAUAGAUCCACUACGUGUGACCUUAUCGCCUAAGAACCUGAAAACAGGCAUCAGCAGCACCCUGUUCUUCACCUGCACUGUGGAGGGCUCUCCAGAAUACACCAUCACCUGGUACAGGAAUACAGAGCCCAUUGUCCCCGACCAGCACAUCUCCAUCCAGGGGCAACACAACGACACGCUGCAGAUCACUGCGGCACAGAAGUUCCACUCCGGGGCCUACCAGUGCUUCGCCUCCCGAAAGGGCCACACUGCUCAGGACUUUUCCAUUAUUCUGCUAGAGGAUGGUACUCCUCGUAUCGUGUCUUCCUUCAGUGAGCGGGUGGUGAACCCCGGUGAGCCUUUCUCCCUCAUGUGCGCGGCCAAAGGAGCCCCGCCCCCGUCGAUCACCUGGACGCUGGACGACGAGCCUGUGGUACGGGACUCCACCUACAAGACCAGCCAGUACACCCUGUCGGACGGCCUGACCGUGUCGCACGUCAACGUCAGCAGCCCGCUCAUUCGGGAUGGGGGAGUGUAUCGUUGCGUCGCACGCAACUCGGCCGGUAGCGCCGAGUACCAAGCGCGCAUAAACGUAAGAGGUCCACCUCGAAUCAGACCCAUGCGGGACAUCACCGCAGUGGCGGGCAGGAACACCUACAUAACGUGCCGCGUGAUUGGCUACCCGUAUUACUCCAUCAAGUGGCUGAAGGACGGCAUGCAGCUGCCCGAUAAUCACCGUCAAGUGGUGUUCGAGAACGGCACCCUGAGGCUGACGGACGUGCAGAAGGGCGCCGACGAGGGCACCUACUUGUGCAGCGUCCUGAUCCAGCCCCAGGUGUCGAUCAACCAGACCGUCCACGUAACUGUCAAAGUACCGCCGCUCAUCCAGCCCUUUGAUAUCCCCUCUACCUCAGUGGGGAAGCUCAUGUACAUUGCCUGCGUGGUGUCAUCUGGGGACAUGCCCAUACGCAUCGCCUGGCACAAAGAUGGCCAGCUCAUCGUGCCAGGCUCCGCCUCUGGCGUCGGAAUCGAGACCAAAGAGUUCAUGAGCUCCCUCCAAAUCUCCAAGGUGACACUGAAGCACAACGGAAAUUACACCUGCAUCGCCAGCAAUGCCGCUGCCACCGUCAGCUGGGAGAGACAGUUGAUUGUUACCGUUCCACCACGGUUUACAGUGCAGCCCAACAACCAGGACUGUAUCUACGGUAAAGCUGGAGUUCUCAACUGCUCUGUGGAAGGUUAUCCACCCCCGAAAGUCAUGUGGAAACAUGCCAAAGGUGUGGGAAACCCUCAGCAGUACCACCCAGUCCCUCUAACCGGCCGAAUCCAGAUCAUGUCGAACGGCUCUCUGCUCAUCCGACAUGUUCUCGAGGAUGACCGGGGGUACUACCUCUGUCAGGCCUCCAAUGGAGUGGGCUCAGACAUCAGUAAGAGCAUGAUCCUCACUGUCAAGAUUCCUGCCAUGAUCACCAGCCACCCCAACACCACCAUGGCAAGGAAAGGCCAGACCAAGGAGCUGAACUGCACAGCGCGGGGAGAGCAGCCCAUCAUCAUCCGCUGGGAGAGAGGGGACACCGUCAUCGACGCAGAGAGGAACCCACGUUACUCCAUCACCAUCAACAAGAAAGGGGACGAAGUUAUCUCCACCCUAAAGCUGAACCCAGCCGAACGAGGAGAUUCUGUCUUCUUCUCCUGUCAUGCCAUCAACUCCUAUGGAGAGGGUCGAGGUCUUAUCCAGCUCACUGUGCAAGAACCACCAGAUCCCCCGGAGCUGGAAGUGAGGGAAGUGAAGGACAGGAGCAUGAACCUGCGCUGGAUCCAAAGGUUUGAUGGAAACAGCAUAAUCACCAGCUAUGACAUUGAGUACAAGAACAAGUCAGACUCCUGGGAUCACAUGUACACAACCAGGAACAUCUCACCCACCAACAACCAGGCCAACAUCGUAGAGCUGCACCCGGCCUGUGUUUACAGCAUCCGCAUGUACUCCUACAACAAGAUUGGCCGCAGCCUUCCCAGCAAAGAGCUCACGAUUAGUACUGAAGAAGCACCACCAGAUGGGCCGCCAAUGGAUGUAAUCCUCCAACCGAUGACAUCCCAGAGCAUACGGGUUACAUGGAGGGCCCCAAAAAAGGAGCUGCAGAACGGGGUGAUCCGAGGUUACCAGAUCGGUUACAGAGAGAACGGUCCAGGCAGCAACGGACAGUACAGCAUCGUGGAGAUGAAAGCUACAGGGGACAGUGAAGUGUACACCUUGGACAACCUUAAGAAGUUUGCCCAGUACGGGGUUGUGGUCCAGGCCUUCAACAGAGCAGGGACAGGCCCAUCCAGUACUGAGAUCAAUGCGACUACGCUGGAAGACG